AUGCAGAAUUCCGCCUUUUCUCUCACUUUCCUUCUCCUCUUUCUUCUACCAUCACUCUCAGAAUCACAGCUAACAUCAACUGAAUCAAGAACUCUGUUAGAAAUCCAGAAGCAUUUACAAUAUCCACCGAUUCUUAGAUCAUGGAGCAACUGGACCAAUUUCUGCUACCUCCCUCCUUCUCCUUCCUUUAAAAUCCUCUGUUUCAACGGUCACGUAACCGAAUUAACCGUCACCGGGAACAGAACCGUUAAGCUUCCCGGGAAUUUCUCCAGCGACUCACUCUUCACUGUUCUUACAAAACUCUCAAACUUAAAGACCUUGUCUCUUGUCUCUCUCGGCAUCUCCGGUCCUCUCCCUCCAAAGAUCAUAAGGUUAUCUUCAUCUCUCCAAUCUCUGAAUCUCAGCUCAAAUUUCCUCUCCGGUAAAAUCCCAAAAGAGAUCUCGUCGUUGAAGAGCCUGAGAAGUCUUGUUCUAGCGAACAAUAUGUUCAACGGAAGCGUUCCUGAUCUCAGAGGGUUGUCAAAUCUUCAAGAGCUGGAUUUAAGCGGUAACAAACUCGGCCCUGAAGUUGUUCCUUCACUCGCAAGCAACUUGAUCACUGUUUCAUUAAAGAACAACUCUUUUGGCUCCAAGAUUCCGGAACAGAUCAAGACACUGAACAAGCUUCAAAGCUUGGAUCUUUCUUCCAACAAGCUCGUUGGGUCAAUCCCAAGUUUCAUGCUUUCGCUUCCUUCGCUUCAGAAUCUAAGUUUAUCACAAAACUUGCUGAGUGGGUCACUUCCGAAUCCAUCGUUAUGCAGCUCCAUCAAGCUUAGAGUUUUAGAUGUUUCUCGGAAUCUUCUGACUGGAAAGCUUCCGUCUUGCUUCUCUUCCAAGAGUUUCCAUAACCAGAGAGUGAUCUACACAUUCAAUUGCUUGUCUGUAAAGGGUUCUCCUUCUGCAAAGUAUCAGCGUCCGGUUUCCUUCUGUGAAAACGAAGCAAAGCAAGCGGUUGGAGCUGUGAAGUCUGACACUAAGGAUGAAGAAAAGAAAGAAGAAGAUAAAGGAAUCGAACUUGGAUUGGUGAUUGGCAUCAUCAUCGGUGUGGUCCUUGUUUCACUUGUUUUGGCUGGCUUGGUUUUGGUUAGGAUGAGAAAUUCAAGAUCAAAGGAAGAGCCUUUUGAAGCAAACAAUGUUGAUAAGGUCUCUGUUUGCAGCAACACCACAAGGUCCACCAUAUCAAAGACAGUACCAGAUUCAAAACGAGUCCCACAAACCAUGAGAUCAGCUGUCAUUGGACUAUCACCUUACCGAGUAUUCACUUUUGAGGAACUGGAAGAAGCAACAAACAACUUUGAUGAAGGGAGUCUCUGUGGAGAACAGCUGUACAAAGGUUGUCUUAGAGAAGGCAUAGCAGUGACAGUGAGGUGUGUUAAACUGAAACAGAAGAGUUCAACACAGAACUUGGCUCAACAAAUGGAAGUUUUGUCAAAGCUAAGACACAUGCAUUUAGUCAGUGUUCUCGGACACUGCAUUGUUCCUAAUCAAGAUCAUCAUCCAUACGCCGGGAGUACCAUUUUCAUAGUCCAAGAAUACAUUUCUAACGGGUCUUUGAGGGAUUAUUUAACCGAUAGCAGAAAGAAAGAGGUGUUGAAAUGGCCUCAAAGAAUGUCGAUAGCGAUUGGAGUCGCUCGAGGGAUACAGUUUUUGCACACUGGAGUGGCACCAGGUAUCUUUGGGAAUAAUUUGGAGAUAGAGAAUGUUCUGCUUGAUGAUACACUCACUGUAAAACUCAGUGGUUAUACUAUUCCUUUACCUUCCAAGGUUGGAGCAGAGAGCCCUAGUAAUGAAGAUGGGGAGAAAGAGGAUGUAUACCAGUUUGGAGUCAUACUAGUUCAGAUCAUCACAGGCAAAGUAAUGGCAUCUGCAUCUUCAGAGUUGGGAAGCUUGAAGCUUCAGCUAGAGAAUGGUUUAAGAGACGAACCAUCAGUGUUGCGUAGCUUAGCAGAUCCGAGUGUGAGAGGAACGUAUGCGUAUGAGUCACUGAGGACCACAGUAGAGUUCGCCAUUAACUGUCUUUGUGAAGAUCAGAGGAAACGGCCAUCGAUAGAGGAUGUUGUGUGGAAUCUACAGUACACAAUUCAGGUGCAGCAAGGAUGGUCAAGCAGCGGAAACCUUGGGCUUGGUGGCACAUAG